AUCCUUAUGCACGCAGCCUAUAAAAGCCAACCAUCCUUUUAAUUCUUCAUCAUCACAAUUCAACACAUUUCCCUAUUACUAUCCCUUUAGCUAGCAAAUUUUAGAGUCCAAUAUGGCUAAGUCACUUGCCCUGUUUCUUCUAUUCAAUAUCCUUUUCUUCACAGUGGUGAGUGCAUGCAACACUUGCCCUGGUCCUAAACCUAAACCAAAACCGAAGCCAAAGCCAACCCCAAAGCCGUGCCCCCCUCCUCCUUUGAAAGAAGGCAAAUGCCCAACUGAUGCAUUAAAAUUAGGUGUUUGUGCUAAUGUGCUUAAUGGUUUGUUGAAUGUAACACUUGGAACUCCACCAGUAAAACCAUGCUGCAGUCUUAUAGAAAAUCUUGUGGACUUGGAGGCUGCUGUUUGCCUUUGCACUGCACUGAAGGCUAACAUUUUGGGAAUCAACCUUAAUCUCCCUAUUUCCCUUAACUUACUUCUUAAUGUUUGCAGCAAGAAGGCUCCACAGGGCUUUACUUGUCCCUAAAUGAUUCUAUAAUUUUUUUUUUCUGUUUCUGAAUCUGGUUUUUUAUAUUCAUUUGUUUAGCAGUUUCUGAUGUUCAAUUUAGCUGCUUGCACUAAACUUCUUGUUAGGUGCAAAGUUGUAAUGUGUUUAGGAUUGUUAUUAUUGGAAAGGGCUCUUGUAUGGACAAUUGUUUGUGCUCCCUCUGGAAAUAAAUAUUUUUCAAUAUCA